CUUCCCUGCUCCUGUGGCCACCCCAGGGCUGAUCCAAGCCAGGAUGCUGGUGGCCUUCUUGGCCACCUGGGCCACUGCUGGCUCAUGUUCAGCCACUGUCAUCCAACACCCCCAGGUCCUCCUCUGCCAGGCAGCUUUCCAGACUCAUGUGUAUUUAUCUCCUUUUCCAUAUCAACACUAUUUUCUCUCCCCCUCUCUGUCCUUCCAGUACCUCCUUCUUCCGUUCAGACUCUGCGAUCAUCUUGGGUCCAUCACCAUCCAGUCUUCCCACCCCCAAAACUCUUCUCAUAUUCCCCAUGAUCCAUGUCCCCCUCUCCACAGCAUUGGGUCCCCGUACCUGUGCAGAGGCUCCUGGAGGACGGGGUGUCUUGGGGACCUCGGUGUGGGUGUCUUGCAGAGGAUGGUGGCCUCGGAGCAGCAGAGGUUGCAGAAUGCCUUCAAGGAGCUGCAGGAGGGCAUCCUGCUGGCCCAAGGACAUGAGAAGCUCACCAAGGAGCGUGGUGAAUACACCUCCAGUGUUUCGGAGAGGAAAUCGCUGCUGGAUACACUGAUAGUGGAGAUAGAGAAGAAAUGGGACCAGGCGGUCUUUGAAUUCCUUGUGGAUGUUGGCCAAACCCUGAGCGGGUGUGAGGCAGCGAAGGUCCUGAACCCAAAGCCAGUUUCUCUGGAGCAGCAGAAGACCAUUAAGAGCCUCUCUGAGAUGAACUGGUGGGUCAUGGUCGAGAUGGCCAUCUUCAAAGAGAACCUGCUGAGUGUGACGGACAAAGAGAGGGUUCAGCACCUUGAGUUGGCUUUUGAGCGCAGAUCAACAAUAUCUUUGCAGAUGCUCGUGGUCCAGGCGAUGCUGGUGGCACCGCAGAGCUUGGAGCUGGCUGGAGCUCUUGCUGUCCAGGCUCUGCCCUCUCAGUUUUCAGCAUGAGGGAUGGCUGUGCCUCAGUUUCCCCCAGACUGUGGUCCCCUCUUUGAGCCAGACCUUGGAGGAACGGGUUUAGCAGAGGCUGUGAGGUGGUGGCACUGCGUGGUGACAUCUCUGUGACCCUGUGGGACAGCCGCGGGAUGGCAGCAGAACAUCCAGCAUGCAGCUCCAGCUCUGAGCUUGCCUGGCUGAGCAGGAUUAAGAGCUGAUUUUCCUCUUGUGAAGGUGAGGCUGAACCCAGAGACGGCAAACGCACAACUCAUCCUCUUGGAGGACCUCAGAACUGUGCAGAACCUCAGAACUUGGGAUACAGAGAGCGAAACAUCUCCGACAACCCCAAGAGAUUCAUGGGCAGCAGCAGCAUCAUGGGCUCCCAGGGCUUCUCCGCUGGGAGCUGGAGGUAGGAGCUGGGCACGAGUGGGGGUUACCGUGGAGUCCCGUGGAAAGGAAGGACUUGAUUGCCACAUCCAUGAGCAAGAUCUGGGCCCUGCAUCUGGACUGGAAGGGCCAGUACACAACAUUCCACAUGCGUCCGGUCCUGCUGGCACUGAAGGAAGGGCUCCAGGGAAUCAGGGUCCACCUAGACUAUGAAGGAGACCAAGUGACCUUCUAAAACGUGGAGAACAUGGUCUUCCAGUUCAGCAUCUCCUUCACCAAGAAAGUCUUCCCAUACUUUUGGAUCCAGUCGUAUGAAACCCACAUCCAGCUGUGCGCCUGAGCAGGUCGGACACCUUCUGGUCCUCUGCCCCGUGCCCUUGGCUAGCUGAAGAGGCAACUCAUUCCCUUGGGACAACACAACAUCGCGUUGCAAGCUCACAGCAGCUCUACCUGGGCUGCAUCUGCUCUUCAUGUUGCUGUAUCUCCUCCUGCCAAGUCCUUUGGGGCAUUAAAGAUGUGUUUUCUU